AUGCGUUUCUCUACUCUCGCUACUGGAUUGCUGCUAGCUGCCACGCAGGUCGCCGCCGUCGGCGACCUGGGUUUCAACCUGGGUGUGAAAAACAACGACGGCACCUGUAAGAGCACGUCUGACUUCGAGGCAGACUUGGAUGUGUUGAAGCCAUACGGCGACGUUGUGAAGAUCUAUGCGGUGUCCGACUGCAACACGUUGCAGAACCUGGGCCCUGCUGUGGAAAACAAGGGCUUCCGUGUGUUCUUGGGGGUGUGGCCCAACGACGACGCGCACUUCGAGGCCGAGAAGAACGCGUUGAAGACAUACUUGCCGGAGUUAAAGACCUCCACGGUUGCCGGUAUUCUUGUCGGCUCCGAGGCGCUGUACCGUGGGGAUCUCACCGCGCCUGAGCUGGCCGACAAGAUCAACGACGUCAAGAGCACUGUCGCCGGCAUCCAGGGCUCCGACGGCAAGUCGUACUCCGGUGUGCAGGUCGGUACCGUCGACUCCUGGAACGUGCUGGUCGCAGGUUACAAUGCGCCAGCCAUCGAGGCCAGUGACAUCGUGAUGGCCAACGCCUUCUCGUACUGGCAAGGCCAGGCGAUGAACAACGCCUCGUACUCCUUCUUCGACGACAUCAUGCAGGCGUUGCAGACCAUCCAGACCGUCAAGGGCACCACCGACAUCAGCUUCUGGGUCGGUGAGACUGGCUGGCCAACCGGCGGAACCAACUUCGGAGCUGCCUACCCAUCCGUCCAGAAUGCGCAGCAGUUCUGGCAGGAGGGCGUUUGCGCCAUGAGAGGCUGGGGCGUCAACGUGAUCGCCUUCGAGGCCUUCGACGAGGACUGGAAGCCAGACACCUCUGGUAUCUCCGACGUCGAGAAGCACUGGGGUAUCUGGACCUCGGACAAGAGUUUGAAGUACAACAUAACCUGCAGCUUCGAUUAA